CUAUAUGCUCUAGAGACCUCAGGCAAGGCAUCUCAUAGGAGGCUUUUUCAUAAAACUAGGCUCUGCUAGUAGUAAGGAGGCCAGUUUCGAAGCAGGCGUUGAGCUGUGCACAUCUCCCCACCAUAGGCACCUUCUCCCUACCCAGCUUUUAUUUCAUUUUUCCACUUGGCUGAGCCAUCCAGAGCCUUUUCAAUGUAUAAAAUGGAAUAUUCUUACCUCAAUUCCUCUGCCUACGAGUCCUGUAUGGCUGGGAUGGACACUUCAAGCCUGGCUUCAGCUUAUGCUGACUUCAGUUCCUGCAGCCAAGCCAGUGGCUUUCAAUAUAACCCUAUAAGGACCACUUUUGGGGCCACCUCUGGCUGCCCAUCCCUCACUCCAGGAUCCUGCAGUCUCGGCACUCUUAGGGACCACCAGAGCAGUCCAUACGCAGCAGUUCCUUACAAACUCUUCACCGACCACGGGGGGUUAAACGAGAAAAGGAAACAGAGGCGGAUCAGGACCACUUUCACCAGUGCUCAGCUCAAAGAACUGGAGAGAGUAUUUGCAGAGACUCACUACCCUGAUAUAUACACAAGGGAGGAAUUAGCCCUGAAAAUAGACCUCACCGAAGCGAGAGUCCAGGUCUGGUUCCAGAACCGCCGGGCCAAGUUCCGCAAGCAGGAGCGGGCGGCAGCUGCCGCGGCGGCCGCGGCGAAGAACGGCUCGACGGGGAAAAAAUCCGACUCGUCCCGGGACGACGAGAGCAAAGAGGCGAAAAGCACCGACCCGGACAGCACCGGCGGGCCCGGGCCCAACCCCAACCCGACCCCGAGCUGCGGAGGGGGAGGCCCCAGCCCCGCGGGGGGCCAGGGAGCGGCGGGCCCCGGCGGGGAGCCCGGCAAAGGAGCAGCCGCGGGCGGCUUGGCAGCGGCGGGGCCCGGGCAGGGCUGGGCCCCCGGGCCCGGGCCCAUCACCUCCAUCCCGGAUUCCUUGGGGGGCCCGUUCGCCAGCGUGCUCUCCUCGCUGCAGAGACCCAGCGGCGCCAAAGGCAGCCUCGUAAAGAGCGGCAUGUUCUGAGCGGCGGCCGCGGGGACGGGAGAGCCCGGGCCGGGGUUCCCGCCCGCCGCCAGGACUGAGCAGGAUCCCCGCGGCGGGCCAGGGGCCACUGACUCGCUGACGUGAGCCGCGGCGCCCCUGCGUCUUCCCCAGGCGCCGGGCUCUGCCGCCAGCACUGGCCCGCGGGAGGCUCCGCCAGGCUGCAGCGGCGUCAGGACCCGGAGCCUCCGCGGGCAGGGACUGCGAGGCGCCCGCUUGCCGCCCCCCUGGCUGGGACGCGCCCGCCGCGCGCGCUUCUCGGCGCUCCAGCCCGCCGGGCUCCCCCCGGGACCACGGCCUGCCAGCGCGGGUCUGCAACGCCUCCUCGCGCUCAGCUGCGGCCGCCAAGUCCUGGCCCGGCGCGCGGGCUUCCCAGGCCGCUCGCUCGCGCUCGUCCUCCAGCAGCUUCCACUCGCCCCCCUUUGGUUUUUAAAGCCCACGUUCUCUUUGAUCCCACCGCAGCUGCUGCAAAGGUCCCGCAGCUCCCCGUCCUGGGCCGGGAGCAGGUCCCUGGCUCUCUGGCCCCCUAGGACUCGCCUCCUGGCCGGGUGGAUGGAUUGUAUUUAUUAUUAAGUAUUAUGAUUACAUGGCUCACGCAGUUUUUAGGCAUCUCCGUUUAGGGUUUUUUUUUUUUAUUUUAAUUUCUUUUAAAAGGCACAAAAAUAUAGCUAUUAGUUGAAUGUGGACAGGUAUGCUUUAACUUUUUCUGUGUCUUUCUACAGCUGUGUUCUGUGACUCAAUUGUAUAGUGUUAAUAUCAGUACAGACUUGUCUACUCUAGCUGACCGUAUAAAUAAUGUUUUCCCUCCUCGUAGUCUCUAUGGCGUGUCUUUAUGGAGAAAGAAGGUUCUCACGGGUUCAGUUACUUCGCGUUUCGAGAGACCAGGUUCAGAUAAUGGUAUAUAUUUUUAUUAUCAGUUGCAUGUCGUCUUUUAUUUUUCCCUUCCUGUUGGAAUAUGUUUGAGAGCAUAAUCGUCAUAAAUUAUGUUCAGGGUUUUCAAAUUUAUUUAUAUGUGGUUCAAAUGAAUGCUUCUAUUUAAAAGGGGAAAUAUUUCUACAUGUGCAUAUAGUUUUCCAAGAGUGUACCAUUAACUGAUUGUUGAUAAUAAAAACAAAAAACAA